UUCUGUACAAUAUUUCAAUCUGCUGGACUGCACUAUCAGGACAACUCAUUCAUUCAUCUAAACACACACACACACACACACACACACACACCACAAAAUCGCUGUGGUACGGCAGCCGACAUGAUGAUGUACUUUUGGGGUAACCAAGAGGCAACCAAUCCAGUGGACGCGAUGGCUCAGACCUUCACCCCGGCACAGUUCCCUCCUCCCCCACAGAACGGCAUCCCGGGCGAAUACACGGCACCACAUGCCCUUCCUACACAGGACUACCCAGGACAGAACCGGGUACCGGAACAUACCCUGACCCUCUACACACCAACACAGACACACAGCGACCCCUCCAACAAUGAAAGCAACACGACAACCAUCAUCACCAACACGACAGAUGACGUGACGCAAACAGAGACGCUGCCGUCUUUAGAGUCGCCGGAGAAGCAGCAGCCCAAACGACUCCACGUCUCCAACAUCCCCUUCCGCUUCCGAGACCCAGACCUCAGACAGAUGUUCGGGCAAUUUGGGAAGAUUUUAGAUGUGGAGAUCAUUUUUAACGAACGGGGAUCCAAGGGCUUCGGCUUCGUAACGUUUGAAACGAGUGCGGAUGCAGAUCAAGCGCGGGACAAACUAAAUGGUACAAUCGUAGAGGGACGAAAGAUCGAGGUGAACAACGCCACAGCGAGAGUGAUGACCAACAAGAAAGCAGUGAACCCAUAUACAAACGGCUGGAAGCUGAAUCCUGUAGUAGGAGCCGUUUAUGGACCUGAACUCUAUGCAGUAACCGGGUUUCCAUAUGCAGCCACCGGGGCGGCGGUAGCGUACAGAGGAGCUAAUUUGAGAGGAAGAGGACGAGCCGUUUAUAACACACUUCGUACAGCUCCACCCCCUCAACCAAUCCCAGCCUAUGGAGCAGUGGUGUACCAGGACGGAUUCUACGGUGCUGAGAUCUACGGAGGCUAUGCAGCGUACAGAUAUGCCCAGCCUGCCACUGCUGCUGCAUACAGUGACAGCUAUGGAAGAGUCUAUGCAACGGCAGACCCGUACACCCACACGAUCAGCCCGGCCACCGCCUAUACCGUGGGCACCAUGUAAGUAGGCAGAGAGAGAGAGAGAAGGUGCGGUGGAUCAAACCUUGGAACGAUCGACUCGCGUCAAAGAGAAACGACAAACACAGAGCAGGAGAAGAGAGACGAUUAUAAAGAGACAUUUAAAAAGCUGUUCAGAUGAAAAGCAGUAAGUGUGGAAGCAUGAGA